UCACUUUUUUGGACAGAAUAUAUCAGCUAAUGAGUAUGUGCCGAGUAUGGUAUUAUAAAUGGGUCAACGCAGAUACAGAAAGUGAAAUUUUUAAGCAAUUGUAUGGAUCAAUUGUUGCAAAAAAAGGUAGAAUAUUACCUGAUUAUGACGAUGUGAGGUACAAUGGAUCACUUAUGCUCGGCAAUUCUCAUAUAAUUACAGGCGACAAUAUAGCUUUGCCUCAAAAUUAUAAACACGUAGGUGGUUAUCACAUCAAAGAUACAGUCGAACCCUUACCACAGCAUUUAAAGGAAAUCUUUGACAAUUCGUCAAAUGGUGUAAUAUACUUCAGUUUAGGUAGCAACCUUAAAAGCAGUGCUCUACCUGAAUCCAUUAAAAGAGAACUAAUCAAUAUGUUCAGUGAGUUGAAAGAAACUGUAAUAUGGAAAUUUGAGAAAUUCAUGCCAGAUCUACCAAAAAAUGUCCAUAUAAUUAAAUGGGUAUCUCAACAAAGUGUUUUAGCUCAUCCAAAUUGUAAGCUUUUCAUCACCCACGGAGGCUUACUUUCGAAACUGGAAGCAUUGCAUGCGGGGAAGCCAAUCAUUGGUGUACCGUUUUUCGCUGACCAAUAUAUUAAUGUUAACAGAGCAGUAGCAAAAGGUUUUGGAAAAAGAGUAAAUUUUGGUACAAACAUAGCUCAUGAUUUAAGAAUUGCUAUAAAAGAAAUAUUAGAGAAUCAAAGCUAUCAGCAGCGUGCAAAAGAGCUAUCUAAAAUUUUCCACGACCGCACCUUACCUCCAGGGAAGGAGCUGGUGUACUGGAUUGAACAUGUGAUAAGAACUAAUGGUGCUCCACAUAUGCGCUCCACAGCCCUGAACUUCAGAUGGUAUCAGAAACUGUACCUAGAUCUACUAUUCGUCAUAGUAAUAGUAAUAUUAUUGUUAUUUAUUGUAAGUAAACAUGUGACUGCUAUGGUUCGUAAAGAAUUUCGCUCAAAACAGAAGACAAAAUAAAUUUUAUGAGAAUUA